GCAGCGACCUGCUCAGUUCACUUGUGCUGUUUACCUGGCCGGAUUGAAAGUGUUCUUAAGCAACUGGUCCUUCACGAUUAUGUCUACAGGUUUGCUCGCCAUCGUCGGAAAUGUCUGAGCUUGUGGCAGCCGACUCUUUAAUUGGCAACAUCCAGGAGGAGGCCAGCGCCCCCGCUGCUCCGGCGUCCCCGGGCGGCGAGGACUACCUGUUCGUGGAAGCCCGGCAUCCCAACACGGUGCUGCAGGGCCUCAACAACCUGCGGCUCGACAAGACCUUCUGCGAUGUGACGCUGUGCUGCGGCGGGCAGGAGUUCCCCUGUCACCGCAUCGUGCUGGCCUCCUUCAGCUCUUACUUUCAGACCAUGUUUACUACUGACCUGAAGGAGGCCAAACAAGAGCGGGUGGCCAUAAACGGACUUGAGCCGCAGAUGGUUGGCAUGCUGGUGAGCUAUGCCUACACAUCAGAGGUGUACAUUUCCAAGGCAAACGUACAGGCGCUGCUGGCCGCGGCCAACCUGCUGGACGUGAUGGCCGUGCGAGAGGCCUGCUGCCGCUUCAUGGAGCGUCAGAUGGACGUGAUGAACUGCGUGGGGAUCCACUGCUUCGCUGAGGCCCACUCCUGUAAGCUGCUGGAGAAACGAAGUAUGGACUACAUCCUCGAGCACUUUAGCGAUGUUUGUCAACAGGAGGAGUUCUUAACUCUGUGUGUGGACAAACUAACGGAAAUUCUUGCCAGUGACCACCUCAACGUGUGCAGAGAGGAGUUGGUGUUCGAGGCCGCUUUACUGUGGCUACAUAAAUGCCCGACUCGUAAGCAGAGCUUUGACAAGGUCUUGGAGCAUGUCCGCCUGCCCCUCGUUAGCCCCUACUACCUCCAUGACAUGAUCGAGUCUUUGGAUGUGGUGAAAGAGAACCAGGGCUGCCAGAAACUCAUCUCCGAGGCCAAAGACUACAUGCUGCUGAAGGACCGUCGCAGGGAGCUGUUCUGCUCCAGGAUGCGGCCGCGCCGAUCCACAGGGACUUCGGAAGUCAUCAUCGCAGUUGGCGGGGAGGACGACAAAGUGGUGCUGCGCAGCGUGGAGAGCUUCGAUCCUGUGACGAACAAGUGGCGGGACCACGCCUGCCUGCCGUUCGCCGUGAGCAAGCACGGACUGGUGGUGUCAGACUCCAUACUGUAUUUAGCGGGAGGAGAGUUUCCUGACGGCUCGGCCAGCAGGGAGAUGUGGCGCUACGACACGUGCUUCGACACCUGGAUGGAAAUGGCUCCCAUGAACGCUUCUCGCGCUGAACUCGGCCUGGUGAUGCUGGAUGGUUUCGUGUACGCUGUGGGCGGCUGGGAAGGCCGCUUUCGUCUGGCCUCGGUGGAGUGCUACAACCCUCACACAAACUCCUGGCAGUUCACGGGCUCGGUCAAGAUGGCCGUCACAAGUCCCGCUGUUGUGGCCCUGGAUGGGCUUCUCUACGUCACUGGUGGCGCGGUUCUGGAGGAUGGCGACGGCACGGACCUCACCCAAGUGUACGACCCUAAAACCGCCACGUGGACUGAAGUUUCCCCCAUGCAGAUUCCUCGUUCUGGUUCAGCCGCUUGUACGCUGAAAGGGAAGAUUUAUGUCAUAGGUGGGUGGCACGCCUCAAAGGAAAACACCGACAAGGUGGAGUGUUAUAACCCCAAGACCGACCAAUGGACUAUGUGCGCCCCCAUGAAAGAACGACGCUACCGGCCCGGUGUGGCCGUGGUGGACGGAAAGAUCUACGUCCUGGGAGGAGAGGAAGGAUGGGACAGAUAUCACGACACCAUCGAGAGGUACUGCGACGAGACAGACUCGUGGGAAAUCGUCGGGGAGAUGUCCACCAGCCGCAGCUGGCUCAGCUGCGUGUCGCUCCUGCUGAGGAAGGACAUUUUGUCGCAUAUCUUCCCCUCCACGUCAAACGGCAGCUAGGAAUCGCGCCCCAGAGGGUCGCCGUUUUUGCCAACACACACCCUCAAGGGGGACACGGCACUACCAAGCUCAGAGCUGUAUUUUUCUAGUAUUAUUAUUAGCUACUGUAUUUAUAUGAACUGUAUAUAACUGUGAGAAUGAGAUGCUGACAUUGUUUGCUGUCCACGAGAUGCUGUGUGGUCCCAAAACUACAACUGUGAAUGUUUUUAGUAAGGGGCCUGUGCAAAAUGUAUGGAAGCUAUGCUUUGUAUUCAAAAUGUUUUUUAAGGAUUGUAUUAACUUUCUGUUAAUUAUAUUUUUGUAACUUGUGUCAGUAACGUUAAUUGGAAAUGACUAAUAAAAUGUUAAAUUCUCUUUGAAA